AUGUCGAACUUCAACUUGGUCGGAGUUAUUAGCAACAGGACGUGGGGUCCUGAUUCAAAAAAUGAGGAACUUGUAAAUUAUUGCAUGCCCGAUAUAAAAAAAUAUCAAUUUGAGCCAUCUAUGAAAUUUGAAAGGAUAGGAAAAGUGUGCGAUUUUACUUUGAAUACUUAUCAAAAGAAUACAAAGGAUAUAAAUAAAAAUUCGAAUGAUGUGAAUGCUUUUGAAGAAGAGUUACAAUUUCAGACUGUGGAUUUACGUGCUGGUCAAAAACAAAAGGGUAGUAUAUUUAAUAAGAAAAAACUACAUAAUAAACAAAAUACUACACAAGCAUUUACACAGAAACAACAAGAAGAAGAUAAUUUAUAUAGUAGUAGAAUAAAAACAGCUGAACAAAAGAAACAGAAAUUAUUACAACAAGCCAAAACAGCCAGAAUCAAUGCAAGACAUAGAAUCUUUACAGAAUGGAGUAUUGAACCCACACCACUGUGGACUGUUGAAUGUGAAAUGAUGUUUAAUGAAUUACCUAAGAAAAUAAUAAAAAUUGAUAAUUUAAAAGUAGAAGAUUUAUUUUAUAAAGGUAAAAGUUUUUUUUAUGAUAAAAAAAUCGAAAACAUAAAUGUUAAGAAUCCACCUUUAUUAUUUCAUCACAUUAAAGAAGGAAUUAAUUUAAUACCAAAAACUAAAGAAGAUAAUAAUUUAAUAAAUAUAUUAAAUUCUGAAUAUAAAAAUAAAAUUUUUACAAAUGAAGAAGAAAGUAAUAAUAAAAAUAAUAUUAUUAUUAUUAGUACAGAUCAGAUAUUAUCUUGUCUGAUGUCAUGUGUUCAAUCUAAAUAUUCUUGGCAUAUACUUAUAAAAAAAAAAGGUAAUAAAAUAGUAAUAGAUAAAGAUGAUGAUUCUAUAAUAGAUUUAUUAACUGUUAAUGAAAAUUCAAUAGAUGCACCAACACAAGAUAAUGAAAAUAAAAUUAAUAGUUUACAAGCAUUAGGUAUAGAAGCUGUUAAAAUAAAUCAAAGAUUUAGAAAACAAGUUAUAUUAAAAAAUGAUGUUGCAGAAGAAUUCGAAUCCAGUAAUUUUAAUAUAAAAAAUAUGAAAAUUAAUGAUAUAUUAUAUAGAUAUAGAAAAUUCCAAAUACCACCAUUAAUACAUAGUAAUAAUAAAAAAAAUUAUACAUUAAUAACAAGAGGAGAAAUACAUUCACAAAUUAAAGGUGUUAACAAAUCAUAUGUUUAUGUAUGUGCAUUAAAUGAAUAUGAUAUUAAAAGUCAUAAAAAUUGGAGAUCACAAAUCGAAAACCAAAAAGGAGCUCUAUUAGCUAAUGAAAUACGUAAUAAUACAUCCAAAUUACAAAAAUUUAUAUCACAAGCAUUAUUAAGUGGUUGUGAUGAUGUUAAGCUAGGUUUUGUCUCAAGAAAAAAUGCUAAUGAUCCAGAUAAUCAUCAUAUUCUUUCCAUACAGUCACAUAAAACAAAAGAUUUAUCUACACAAAUCGGACUCAAAUAUGAAAAUAUGUGGGGUAUUCUUAGAUUUGUUAUUGAUAACUUAGCAGAAAAACCAGAUGGUAAUUAUGUAAUUCUAAAGGACCCACUAAAGCCCUUACUAAGAUUAUACUGUACUCACGACGAUACCAAUUAA